UAGAAAGCAAAUAUGUAAAAUUAAUGUACAUAUACAAAUAUAAAAACAAACAUUUUUAAAACAAAAUCUCGUAAUCAUAACCACUACCCGUGACAUCCUCCGUCGGUCAGUUCGCGUUCGACUUUUGUGUGUGCGGGAGUUUUGAUUUGAUGUCACUUUUAAAUAGUUUUUAUUUUUAAAUUAAGCGGCGUAUUUUUAAAGUUUUGACUUUUGCAUGUAUUGCAAGUUGACUUGGUGCGCGAAAAGUAUAAUAUAUGUUUUUUAUUCGGCGUUAAAGAGCGUUUAACCUAUAAUAAACAUAAUAUAACCUAGAAAAAAACUAAAUUUGAACGAAAAUGUCUUUACUACCACAUUUGGGGCCAGUAAAUGAACACCUACAGCUCCUCAAACAAGCACUGCCUCAGAAAUUUUCAUUGUCAACAACACAAAAGGUGAUUGUGCUGUCAGUGACAGCUAGUGUGGCUGUUGUGGGGAUCCUUGCAAGAUAUUUAAGACGUAAAAAACGUGUGGUAGAUCCCUCAAAACUGAGAAGAAUCUUUAAUAGCAAGCGAUCAAGAGCUUCUGGCAUUAGAAGUCCUAGUAAUGAAGUUGGCAGUAUUGCCAGCAGUAGUGGGCGAAGAAGUGCAGCAUUCAGCAUCGCAGGAAGGCAAAGUUCUGUUAUAUCAGAGAAAGCUUCUAUAGCUUCAGGAAGUUUAGUUAGUGGCGGGUUACCGAUACCUGAAGGAGAGGAAGGAUCCACACACUUAACUCCGCAACAAUUGGGAGUAAUGGGUAUGGAAGCUCUGGAGACCUGUAUAAGUUAUUGGGAGGAUGCGCUGGCCGCGUACCGGUCCAAAGAUGGGGGAGGUCCUUUGGCCAUGUUAAGUCCGGAAGAAGCGGGAUUUUGCAAGGACCUACAACAGUUGCUGGAGUAUGCUAUAGAGUUGCAGGAAAAUUCGGAAAUGUUGUUCCUGGACGAGCGUUCCGUUCUGUUUCGUCCUGGCAGCUCGAAAAAUGAACCUCACGAUGCCGACAUGUCCGGUGGAGAAAGUUUCGCAUCUGCACAAGACCAGGUGGCUGAUUUGAGGGAGUUCGAAGAAUUUGGGGAAUAUUUUCCCGACUUGGAGUCCUAUCCUUUAUAUCAAGCGGCUCUAAGACAAUUGGAAAAUGGAGGUAUCCCCUGCAGAACGUUGAGAACUGAAGUGGUUAAAUGUGGUUCAGAUGGUGAAUAUUUGGCAAAACUACAUUGCUUGCGAUUGGCAUUUCAGCAUCUGUUGAGAGAUCAUGUGAAUUACGUAUGGUUUGCUGACGCUGGCCGACAAAUCCUCGCAGAUCUUCUCUUAUACGCCGAUAAAGACCCUAAAGACUUCCUAAUGGGGUAUGAAGAAAUGCUCAAUUACAUUCAAGAUGCCGGCAAUUGGAGGGAAUUGGAAGAAGAACUAAGUACAAAAGGAGUAAAAGCCUUAACUUUUUAUGACGUAGUUUUAGACUAUAUCUUAAUGGAUGCUUUUGAAGACCUCGACAGUCCGCCAAGCAGUGUAACUGCUGUUAUUCAGAACAGAUGGUUAUCUAAUGGUUUUAAAGAAACUGCUCUUACCACCGCUGUUUGGUCCGUUCUCAAAGCUAAAAGAAGAAAGUUGAAAUUUCCUACUGGAUUUAUGGCUCACUUCUAUACCAUUUCAGAACAACUGUCGCCAUUAUUAGCUUGGGGAUUCUUGGGAUCAGAUGAACUGUUAAGAGAAACAUGUGUUUACUUUAAAGAACAAGUAAUGGGAUUUUUGGCGGAUAUUUUUAACUUUCAAAAAUGUAAAUAUACUACAGUUGAAGAUCUGGCUGUAGAUGUCAUACAUAAUUUAAAAAUUAGAGUAGGAAAUAUUUGCCAAAGACUGGGUCCUCAAAACUAACCCAUCAUCGACUGUUCACCCUACCUAGUUUUUAUUAGAUCUAACGUGUAUUGUGUGUUAGAAAAAUAACUCCCUAAAUAUUUUAGGGAAAUUAUUGAAAGAUGUUUCUAUAAUGAUAUUAUAUAUAAGUGUAAUUUUUUACAAUAAGUUUUAAAACUAUGACAAAACUAAAUGUUUGUAAAUUUUUUUUGACAUUCCUUUGUAUCAUAUGCUAUUAAUUGCAUUUUGUUGUAAUCAUAUGUAUAAGAAAUAAAUUGUUGUUAAAUUUUA